ACUGAGCUGGAGCAGCUCUCACACACUGAGGAGCAUCUCCACCUCCUACAGAUUUACUCCUCCAUGUGCAGCCUUCCACACACCAAGAACUGGACUGAGAUCAGCAUUAACACUGAUGUGAGUGUGGACACUGUGAGGACAGCUCUGUCUCAGCUUCAGCAGACUCUGAAUGAGAAACUCACUAAAUCACUCAAUGACAAGUUAAAGGAAACAGUUUCCACAGAACUGAAGAGGAUUCAGCAGUAUGCAGUGGAUGUGACUCUGGAUCCUGAUACAGCUCAUCCAUAUCUCAUCCUGUCUGCUGAUGGAAAACAAGUGACACAUGGAGACAAAAGACAGAAUCUCCCUGAUACACCACAGAGGUUUAAUCAGUGUAUCUGUGUUCUGGGAAAUCAGAGUUUCUCCUCGGGGAGAUUUUAUUAUGAGGUGCAGGUCAGAGGGAAAACUGGCUGGUCAUUAGGAGUCGUGAGAGAGAACAUUAACAAGAAGGGGAAGAUUACACCGACUCCUCAGAAUGGAUUCUGGACUGUGAACUUGAGGAACGAGAAUCAGUAUGCUGCUUGUACUAGUCCCUAUACCCCCCUCACACUGAGAGAGAAGGUGGAGGUGGUGGGGGUGUUUGUGGAUUAUGAGGAGGGUCUGGUCUCCUUUUAUGAUGUGAAGUCCAGAUCACAUAUCUACUCUUUCACUGGUCAGUCUUUCACUGAGAAACUCUAUCCAUUCUUCAGUCCUUAUUUAAAUGAAGGAGGUAAAAAUUCAGCACCACUGAUCAUCUCUCCUGUAUUUAAAACCGAAUGAGUUUUCACCAAACAAAAUCAAUCAGAUAUUAA